UAGACACUCGUGUGUGUGUGUGUGAGGACAGCAGCAGCCGGCCGCGCCGGGGGAUCCUAUGUUUGUCCCCCAUUCUAUUUUUUGAUGUGCAGGCAACAUGAUGUAUGGCUUCGUUACUUAUUGAUGAUGAUCAACAUGCCCAAGUGUCAACAGACCGUCGAAGAAUGUCCAGCAAUCAAGUAACUGAGCCUGGAUUUGCAGAUUGAAGAACAGUGAAGACGCUGCCAUCAAACAUGGAUACUGCUGCAUGACGAGUUCUAGGAUGCAUUAAUCCAUCAUGAAACAUCCGUCCAAGAAUGUGGAAGAAUUUGAGUAUAACUUGGGGAAAGCCCCCGAUCUCCGCUGUGAAAAUGGCACAAUCACAACGACCUGCGACAAAUGCGAGAGCUGUCGGAUACGCAACCAUCUCACUAAGACACGUCAGUGGUUCCUACGUGCCGGAGAGAAGACAAGAAAGAAUUUCAUGCUGGGUAUGAUCCGACGCUUUCACAGCAUCAACCUCCUGAGCUACAUCACAAAUCUACUACGACCUCUCAUUGGGAAAGACUUCACCUACGCCCGAUCCCGGACGAAUCCUAGUGUCGCUGGCGAUGGCGCCAGCACAGGGGACAACCGGGCAUUGUGGAACUCAGAAACAGAGCAGAGAGUAACUGAGUGUUGGCUCUGGUUUAAAGAUGCUCGAUACUGGAGUAAAACUAACUAUUUAUUGGGUGUGCUACAGAUGUGUAAUGGAGAGUUGUUGUACUGUAUUGGAACGUUGGCUCGGACGAUGUUGGCCGCAGAACAAAGAGCUGCUGAGGGUUACGUGCAUGAAGAUUACGAAAGAGCGUCCCUUGCCGACACUGUCUACUCCUACCGUUCGGAAGCUUACCCUGAAAACGAGCUCCUUCGAACGGCAGGUCAUGAAUAUUCAACAUCUAUAACCUGUCAGUCUGAUUCGUCAGAGUAUCUUGACUCCUCCCACAUUGUUGUUGAAGAUGGAGAAGAUAGACUUACCAUUGAGUCCUUUGAGAUGUCUUCCAUCGACCCGACGCUCUGCAUCAUGCCAACGUCUCAGUCGGCCCUGGGAGGGAUUUGGCAUUAUCGAGACUUCGUCCGAGAGCUUCCGGUUCAUCUGUCUAAGAACAUCUUAAGUUAUUUGGAGUAUGGGGACCUAGUAAACUGUAUGAAUGUUAGCCGUCACUGGGCGCAUAUUGCUAAGGAAGUGGAGGAAGAUCUAAGGAUGAGGCAGCUACUAUGGGAAGAGGUUAUGCUCAUGCAGGGAUCUUCUGCGCAGGGUGGUAAUCCAGUCUUCGCCAACUACCUAACAGUCCCAGUGCCCCGACUGGUUGGAGAGUGUCGCAAUGUUGCUCCUUCUGAUCUACCUCCAAUGGAAGUAGAUUUCAAAUCAGAGAUUAAUAUCGGAAGUUCAUACAGAGGUAUAGUGACUAACGAUAUUCAGAUUGAGGAGAGGAAUGUAUACUGUGGAGCUUACAACGUCAUGGUGCUGUCAGAUCAGGAUGAUAUUAACAGGGUAGUCUCCUAUAACUACGGUUCGCUGGUUGCUAUCGGAUCGUUUGAUCGUCAUGUGAAAUUCCUAGAUGUUCUGACCGGGCAUGAUACGGGACCGGUCAUAACUGGACAUGCGGGGUCCAUCAGAUGUCUGUACAUCAACGACCUUAAGGAUUAUGUCCUCAGUGGUAGCUAUGAUACAAGUAUUAGGUGUUGGGACGUGAAGACAGGACGAUGUCUAAAGAUCUUCCAUGGUCACCAAGACACGAUCCUGUGCCUUAAUAUGUCUCGUGAUAGAUCAGUCAGCCUAGUCGUCUCAGGAGGCAAGGAUAACGUUGUCAAAGUGUGGAAUUUUGACAAUGGGAAAUGUCUGCGGACAUUUAAGCAUAUACACCAGGUGAAUACGGUGGCCAUACACGGUGAUACAGUGGUAAGCGGAUGUGAAGGUGGACGAGUGAAGGUGUGGAGCAUUAAAGAUGCAUGUCUCAUUAAGACUUUGUACCAGUCCCCCAAGAACACCAAUCGAUUUGGAUUUAUCAACCCUCACACCCACCAAGGGCCUAUAACCACAGUGAAGUUGGAUGAUUGGCACAUUGUAUCGGGUAGCAGAGAUGGCUAUGCAUUGGUGUGGAGUGCAAUAGGAGAUCAUAAGAGAUGCGUUACAGCAUUGAGACAUCCAAAGGAGGUCCUGUGUUUAGAGAUGUCCUAUCUACGAGUCAUCACAGGGUGUGAAGAUGGUAAACUACGCAUCUGGAAUAUGUUGAGUGGUGACUGCCUUAGGGUCAUGAGAGGCAACAGCAGAUCCGAUCCUAUAGAAGAUAUCUACCCAUGUGGAGAGAGGCUCGUCUUACACACAGUGAACAAUCUUCUUGUCUUAAACUUUGAGGAUGUCCAAUGGGAUUACGAACAGGAGGAAAAGAUUGAGCUUCUCCGGUACAAGAACCAUUAUGGUGAUGCUCCACUUCGAAAACACACCUACCCCUUUAUCAGGGCAAAGCGCAGUGAGAGGGCAGGGGCUAGCAACCCCAAAAUCAUCCGCCAUCACCAAGCAGCAGGUCAAGGGUCACAGUUUGGUCAUAGCGCUCGCACAUUACACGCCAAGAAGUUAGAGACGGCGAAGAAAAUCCAGAAACAGGUUCGGGAUGUUUCGUUUGCGUCGAGUCUGAAAGGCAGUGUGUAUCAUAAUGUACAGGGUUUGAAGGAUGAAGCUCCCGGGAGCCUUCCUAGGACUAAGGAUGGUUCAUUGGUAGACUAUUCUCAGUCCUACAUGAGGUCUUCAAGGCCACCAAGUGCUGCUUCCAGGCCACCAACAGCCUCCUCUUCUAGGCCACUGACAGGCUUGUCCAGAGCUGUCACUCCUCAGUCUUUGGUUGGAAGAACAAAAUCACAACAAGACGUCAGGGGUAGCCCAACUCUAUCUCGACCGCCAACUGGGAGCCAUGGAGGGUCCAGGCCACCCACUGCCUUCUCAACCAAGAGUGGGAUAUUAAAAACAGCCAAGUUUGAGCUUCCAUUGCGCGGACACAGUGCUCCUGUAAGGGGAAGUCAUCAGAAGCAGAAUGCUAAUGAUGCAAUGACCCUCUCAGAGAGCAAAGCUCUAAUCAGAUCCCAUCUACGUACUAAGGACGUACCAACGCCUAGGGAUAAACUCUUCCUAACAAUGAACUGUAUUGAGAGCUCGAAGAAGAACUCUCAGCUUGUGCACAAUACAACAGCGAAUGCUUUAGAGAUCGACUACAAGAGCCGUCCCCCUGUUAGUCCAACUCUAACACAGUUUUCAGUCGAAAGUCAGAAUAGACGGCACACAGGGAGGAAGUCUGCAGCUGCCUGUCCCUCAGAAGCAUCUGUCGUCACUUAUUUUGAAACGCAAGAGUUUGACAAGAAGCCUCAUAUAAGCUUACAUUCCAAAAUGACACCCUCCAGCAUUCCAAAAGAAACCCUAACAACGCCGAAAAAGUCUGUACUUAUUCGGCCGAGCUCCGGCCGUGCACCCUCAGCCAAGAGACCAGAUAUUAUCCGUAGGAGUCACAGUGCAAGCGCUAUCCUCACGUCUUCUCCCCAUCCGGAUCUGACAACCCAAACAGCAGCUGCAGUCCGUAAGAAAAGCUCACACGGCUGGACCACAUCACACACACAGCCUGUUGUCAUUCCCCCGAUGCUGAUGCAUGGCCUCAGCAGCAUCGAUCCAGGCAGUCAGGCACCAACGAAACACCGCCGAAGCAUCACUAAAAUCCUUAUGGGCCCCCCUGUAGAGGUCAAGGAUCCAUUGAAGAGUCACAAGGAGUUCCAGAUUCGUACCCGAGAGCAGACAGAGCAGUACAUGAAUCAAGUAUCGCAGAUUCAAAAGAAGGAUUUUUUAGAAAAGAAAACCCAAAUGGAAGCACUGCAAAGAAAGUUGUGGCUUGCAAAGGCCAAAGGUCAAGAACACCAGGACUACAGCAAGAAACCAAGAGCUUUCGCUCCAGAGAUACGAGAAUGAUCAGUUAUUAUUUCUUGAAAAUUCCUGUAACUGUGACGUAAUACCACUGCACACCACGCCCACUCCACACAAUUUGGCUCCACUGAUUCCCAGAAGCCAAGGCCUGAUAUUUGAGGCAAGAGGGUGAUUGCCUCCAUGCCCCCUUGGUGCCCUAAAAAAUGCUACGCUGAAAUCUACCUUUUUCUAAUAGGGUGUCCUUUACCAAGAAGAAAAUGCCUUGGUGACCUUGCCCUUUCAAAAACAAAGCAUACAAACCUGGAAGCCUAUUAGAGUUGCAGACUUAAUCACCUAGCCACUGUGGUUAACAUGGUACAAGUGAGCCUACAAGUAUGACUGCUUUGUUUACAAAUCUCCUGUGAAAUUACCAUAGUAUUAUGAGCUGGAAGUUGCUGGAAAUGCAGCAGAUAUGCACUUGUGCGGCAUUCUGCACUUACAAUUAUCUUUCUCUAGUAUAGGGUUAGAGCAAAAUUUCUGUGCCAGCUGAACAAAAACUAAAACUCCUUGCUAACCGGUAUAAUAUGUUCGUGCAUAGUGGGACUUUUCUGUUACCAUAUAAGCACAAACAAGCAGAACCAUAAAAUUGGGUGAGCUGGAUGUACAUUACGCCAUAAAGGCAGUUUAUUUACAUAAUUGCUGUUUGACUUAAGUAGUUUUUCUAAUGAUUUAUUGCAGUGCACGAAAGAAAUGAUCAAUUUAUAUGUAUAUUUUUCUUGCCAUUUUGUUUCAGCUUUAAAACCAAAGUCCUUUCACUCAAAUUUGUGUGAAAUGUAUUUCUAUUCUGAACGAAAAGUUUAUUUUAUAUUGAGUGGUUUUCAGAUAUUUAAUAUAAAGCUUUUUUUAGUUUGAUUUGAGGUUUUGGUGAAUUAAUAUAUUUGCACUUGUUUGUUCUUAAUGCCAUUUCUUGAAUGGCUAAUUCAUGUACUGACUGAAUGUUUAUGUGGCUCAAUUUAAGACCCUUGCAAUGUCAAAUGGCCUGUUUUUUUUAAAAGUCAAAUUGCAAGUAAAGAAAUGAAAAUAAUCUAACCAUGCCCGGUGUGAACAUGAAUUGUUAUUUAAAUAUUUGUUAAACCAUUGGUCUUCCAAAGCUUUAUCAUGUUUAAAGGCAGUGGACACUAUUGUUAAUUACUCAAAAUAGUUAUUAGCAUAAAACCU